GUACCCCUGCUCUGGCAAUCAAUCAGUCAGUCAGAUACAAGCACUGCCCUCUCCUUCUACACACUUUGCAUGCAACUGACUUCCCCAGGGAUAGCCAAAGAGCUCCAUUCUGAAGUACAGGACUGCACAGUACCACAGACACAGGAUUAUUAAUUAUUCAGUCUGCUAGAACACAUCUGACCACACAUUGGGACAGCCCAUGAAGCCUGACUUCACAAAACACAGAAGAAUGGAAAAGAAGCGAGCAAUUUCUUGCUUACUAUUCUUACUCCUAAUGGAUGGGUGCAGACUAGAACAUGUAAAGAAUUCAGACACAUACUGUGUGUUCCAAGACAGAAAAUAUCGUUUUGGAGAAAGAUGGCACCCCUACCUGGAACCUUAUGGACUUGUAUAUUGUGUGAACUGUUUAUGUCGGGAGGGGGGAAAUGUUUUGUGCAGUAGAGUGAGAUGCCCAAUUCUGCACUGUCCCAGUCCAGUUUAUGUUCCACAGCUGUGCUGCCCACGAUGCCCAGGAGAUGGAAUGUUAUCUUGGGAACACCAUGAGCCUGAAACCUAUCGGCAACCUGCUAACAGAGAAGCAAGACAUUCCUAUCAGCGCUCUUAUGACCAUUCUUCAGGUUUUGGUUCAGUGAGACAGGCUGGAAGCUUGCCAAAAUAUUCCAACUCAAGAACUAACCGUGGAGUCGUUGCUGACCCUCAGCAAGCCUCGGGAACUAUAGUGCAGAUAGUUAUUAAUAACAGCCACAGGCAUGGAAGAGUAUGUGUCUCGAAUGGGAAAACAUAUUCCCAUGGAGAAUCUUGGCACCCCACCUUGCGAGCCUUCGGAGUAGUGGAAUGUGUGCUGUGCACGUGUAACUUCACCAAGCAGGAGUGCAAGAAAAUUAGCUGCCCAGAGCAUUACACAUGUAAAUAUCCUCAGAAAAUAGAUGGCAAAUGCUGUAAGGUAUGUCCAGAGGAAAUCCCAGAUCCACAUUCAGGUGACAAAGACUACUUAUGUGAAGAGACCAUUCCAGUGUUUGAGUCUGUGUUAUUAGAGGAAGGAGAAACAGUCAGGAAAAUAGCAGUGGUGACAGAAGAUCCAUCAUUGGCGGAAAUUCAUAUGUGGAUAAUCCAGAAAGGUGUCCUGCGCCAGUUUUACACUGAAAAAAUGUCCAAGGAAGAAUUUGAAGAACAGCAGGAAUUCAAACAGAUAACAAGGACAACAGCAAGCCAGUGGAAAAUCUUCAGUGAGGGAGAAGUACAGAUCAGUCACAUGUGUGAAACUCGAAUUUGCCGGACAGAGCUGGAAGAUUUGGUAAAGGUUCUGUACCUGGACAAGACUGAAAAGGGUCAUUGUUGAAAGCAAAAACACUGAAGGGGAAAAGAAAAUCAAAAGCAGCCUAAAGACAUUGGAUUUGUAGCUGGACUGCAGGCUGAUUCUGCUUAAGUCAACAUCGUCGCCAAACCCAGAAUGCAGGGACUAUUAAGCAUGGCGUGUUGCAGAAAAGUAACUGGCAGAUCCAAGUGUGUAGGAGUCUGUGAGCAGUUAAAUUCUUCCUCUUAUGCCUUAGAGGGUUGGCACAACUAUGAAAAAACACACAGGUUUCUUCUUUAUGAGCAAAAAAUGUUUAUUCGGAAAGUGAAAAUUAAUGGAAUACGCAUAACUUGAUAGAAGGAUGGAGGGCUGUUAUGUAGAAAAUACUGAACUGCUCGAUAUAUGUCUGUGUCUGUCUAAAUAUACCUGGGUGAACAGUUUUCUUAUUGGCCAAGUGUCAUUUAUUAAGAGUGAUACAUUGUAUUGGUAUAGACACAGCUCUGCAUGAUUUUGCCAUUUAAUGUGAAAUUGUUUGCUUAUUAUACAACCUUAAGUUGCAUAAAGGUUUCCAUUUUUGACUGAG